AUGCUCAUAAGAAGGGCUGAAGUCGCAAUAUUAUUCUACCUAGAGAGCAAAUUAUUCAAUGGCUACUCGGCUAAAGGGUUGAGGAAGCGGACUUCCGAUGAUAAACCAGAAGAGCCGGUUUAUUUUACGGCGUUGGAGGUAGUGCGCGAUAAUCGGGUGCUGCUGCUGACCGGUCCGAGUGGCAGUGGGAAAACGACAUUUGCGAAAUACCUUUGUUUCUGCUUGGAAGCGCACAAGCGGCAGACGGUUCGAGGUGUGCUUCGAAAUGAAUCGGGGGAGUUACAUGACGAAUUUUGGAAUGAUGUCGACAUUUUGCCGUGUUAUUUCGCCAUCGAGUCCGGUGAAGCCCUAGAGGAUCUGGUGGACGCUACUAUACCCAGGAUUCUAGAUGUCUCAGGUAGCGGGGCAGAAAGAUUUGAUCAAAAGCAAGAGAUCUUGUUCGUCAUCGAUGGAGGGAAUUGGGUAACCGACGAUGGUCUGAACGCCCUGACGAAGCUCGUCUCGUUGCUUGAAGGGCUAGACCACGCUCGCCUACUCGUUCUAAGUGACACCACGGCGUUGCGAUCCUGGAAGCCGCCUCCUGGAAUUUCUCGAUACAAUUUUCUACCGCUUUUACACACUCAGAGGAAGGAGGCCGUUACUAGGCUUGCGGGCAUGGCCGCGUCGCAAGCCAUCGCAAAUGGAGGUGCGGCCUCAAACCCCGCCGUGUUCGCCCUUGCACUGCAGUCAGGGCACCCGGGAGGAGAGGCCGAAAAUGUGCUUGACUCGUGGCUUUCCACUAUUUCUCCUGAUGGGAUUGCCGCUAUUGAGUUCGCAAGGACUGCCUUCGAACGGCUUGUCGACGUCAAAUUACAAGAUGACCACGGCACAUCAGCCUCGGAACAACAUAUACUGUCUUCGGUUGGCGCCGUGCAGCAAUUGCUGGCCGCUCGGCAUUUGGAAACUUUGUCAGUGGAAGAGGCAGUUCAUGUUUUCCAUCGGAAUUCGGUGACAGCAGAGCCUGUUAUCCGAAGCUUAUUGGUUCGACUAUCCAAGUCAGGUAAAUCGCAUAACCUAGCAAGGGCCCUCGUGGAGGGCGCGGGGCAUAUUUCCCAGCGAGGUGCCCUUCUUGUGUCUACCCUCAGGGCAGAAUGUGAACUGCUCCAUGAGGAGAUAACUGCCCAUAUGCUAGCAAUCAUCAACGAGGCUGCCCUUUCAGUCGGCGAGCGACAACAAGCAGGCCGCGUCCUUUCUCGUCUAGGUGAUCCUCGCGAUCUAACGGAACUCGCCAGUGUCCCUGGUGGAACAUUCGUAAUGGGGUCUGAGAGCCAUCCCAACUCACAGCCUAAAUCUCCUGUAACAUUUGGAGGUUUCCGAAUGGGGGUUUAUCCUGUCGUCAAUCGAGAUUAUGCCACCUUCGUCCAAGAUACAGGCCGAGAAUGGCGUAGUCCAGAUGGCCUCGAUUCAGAAAGACAGAAUGCCCCAGCAACGGAUCUGACGUGGCACGACGCAAGGGCGUAUUGCAAAUGGCUAACGAAUCGAUGGCGGGCAAGCGGCAAGAUAUCUCAAACGUCGUACGUCCGUCUCCCAACAGAGCCAGAAUGGGAACGAGCGUGCAACGGCGAUUAUAAUCAGCUGUCCGCGCAGGGUCCCAUUUACCCAUGGGGAUUGGAAUGGCGCGACAAUGCCGCGAACUAUGAGGAAACCGGUCUGAAUAACACAUGUGCCGUUGGAUUAUUCCCUUCAGGACGAUCAGCGCACGGCUGCUAUGAUAUGGCUGGCCAGGUGUGGGAAUGGUGCACCACACUCUGGGGAGAGGAUAUGAGUACCCCGUCGUUUGGUUAUCCGUGGGCAGAUGACGGUCGUGAGUAUCUGGAUGCACCGGAGUCCGUCCGACGGGUGUUGAGAGGAGGGUGCUUCUCAAGUGGGCGGCUGAAGGCUUGUGGAACGUAUCGGGGCAGCCUGGAGCCUGCUGGUUUCUGGAGAGGGAAUGGAUUUCGCAUUGUAGUUGAAGAUAUAUAG